AUGAGUCGAACCGAUUACGUGUUGGUUAAUCGAGAUGUACAAGAAACGUAUAAAGUUCGACGAGCAAGGCAACUGGGAAUACCUUUGUUAAAUGCUGAAUAUAUUUACGAAUGUUGGCGUCAUCCCGAAAAAACAAUCGAUCCGAACGUAUACUUGGUUUUAACGGCUCAAAACAAUGAAAAUUUUAAGUAUGGAAAAGUACAGAUUGAAGGUAGCACAAAAAAAUCUCCAAAUACUGCUUCUAAAAAGACCAGACGAUUCGAUAUUAGUAAAAUAAAAAUUUGGAAUCAUGAUGAUAUAAGUUUGCCAAGGUUUGAUGAAAUAAAUGCUGAAAUUGCGAAAUGGGCAAUAUUUCGGGAAAUGAAUGAACAUUCGUUUGUUUAUUUUGUUCUUGAAAUUCAAGUUUUGAGUCAAACUAGUGAAAGAGAAUAUCGAAUGAGAUUUUAUUAUGAAAAACAAACAAUCGCAGAAGAGCGAAGGGGAAAUCCAACAAUCAUUCAGUAUAUGUACAGUAAUGACGUAAAUGAACAACUGCAAUUGUUUGCCUUCUAUUAUGAUCGCAUUGCCACAAUGCCUCGUGUUACGAAAAUGAAAGACAUGUUACCAAACACUAUCGGUUCAAAACUACUUCUUCGAGUGUUAUGGUGUCAUAGAAUCGAUACACAAGUUAUUGAUGACGACAUUUGUCAGUUGAUAGAAUCAGUCUGGCUAGAAUCAAUGGGUGAUCUUAAACAAAUGCUCAAUGUUCAACCGGAAACAAUAACAUUGAAAAAAAUCAUCGAAGCAGAAGCUGUUUUAUUAGAACAAAAAGGUUUAUUAGAAAACAACGCCAGCGACGGAUCAUCCGAUUUGACUACAAAAUUCUAUUCACUUAUACCACACAACUCAAAUUUCAAAAGUGAUUUAAAUAAUCGUCGAAUAUUACGCGAAAAAAUGGAUUUAUGUCAAAUGCUUCGUGACAUGUUAACGAUCAAUGAAAUGACCGACUGGAAUGUUAAAGCUUCUAUUGAAGCAAAAUAUCGUUCAAUGAAAUGUUACAUAAAUACACUAAAUAACGCUUCAUUAGAAUUUAAGACAAUAUGUGAUAUGAUUUGUUCUUCAUCGACAGAGCCGUAUGAUAACGAAUAUGCAAUUUAUGAUCUCGAUCAACAGCGUCUGCAAUAUUUGGUUGAAGUUUCAUGGAAACCGCACGAUGUGAUACCCGACAAUCCGAUAAAAGUGCCUGUCGUAAAAGAUCAAACAACAAUCAAUCGAGAAAUACCGAUGACUGAGACGCUAGAAUUGUUUAAAGAUGAAAAGAUAGAAAUUGCUGAACAAGAUUAUGGUCUAAUCUCGUCCAGAACUGGUCAACGAUUACCAUUAAAGCAAAUGCACUUAAGAGCAAGAUUAGUCGAUGUUACUGGUGAAGUUAUAUUAUAUCAACUUUAUCAUAAUAAUAACAUACAGCCGAUUGAAGCAAAAUAUGUUUUUCCGUUGGAUGAGCAUUCAGCUAUUUGCGGUUUUGAAGCACAUAUAAAUAAUAAAGUCGUUGUGGGAGUCGUCAAAGAAAAACAUCAAGCUAAACGAGAAUAUCGAGAAGCAGUCGAGCAAGGUCAUGGCGCUUAUCUGUUGGAUCAGGAACAACCAGAAGUAUUUAGCGUUUCCGUUGGAAAUCUUCCUCCGAAUUGCGAAUGUUUGAUUAAAAUCACGUACGUAGUCGAAUUAUCAAUUGAAAAUGAUGAUAUCGUUUUCCGUUUGCCUGCAAAAGUUGCUGCUUGGCAAUCAAAAAUAUCUGUUGAAGAACAAAAUCAAACGGUGUUACCAUUCGUUGGACUGACAUCUACGACUCAUUCGGGACAGAUCGAAUUCAGUCUACAAGCCUUCGUGCAAAUGCCAUACGAUAUCCAAAAGCUAUAUUCCCCUACACAUCGUCUUCGUCGAAAAAUCACUGAUUGCCAAGCUAUGAUUCAAUUGGUUGAUCAAGUUUUGACUAAAGAUUUCAUUUUAGCGAUAUCGCUGAAAACUAUUCACCAACCGAGAAUGUUAGUUGAAACGCAUCCUUCGGACUCAAAAUCAAAAGUUUGUAUGUUAACAUAUUAUCCACAAUUUGAUUCUGAGUCUCAGAGUCCCGUCGAACUCAUCUAUUUAAUCGAUGUAUCGAAUUCCAUGGACGGACAGACCAUGAAACAAACAAAACAAUUGGCACAUAUGUUUUUAUCAAAUAUGACGAGUGAAAAUAAUUCGAAUACUGUCUUCAACGUUAUUACAUUCGGGUCAGAUAAUGAUGAAUGUUUCCCAAUAUCUAUUCCCUCGACUAGAGAAAACAUAGAUAAAGCAAAACAUUUUAUUCUUCAUUCACUCGUGCAUCGUGGAAACACUGAUCUGUUUUCGGUUUUACGACAUUAUUCGCUGUUGCCAUCAUAUGAUCAAAUAAGAAAUUUUGUUUUGAUUUCCGAUGGUCAUCUAAAUGAUAUGAAAGCCAUUGUUUCCCUAUUAAAAUGUCAUCAAAUGAAAAAGGAUCGAUUUUUUACAUGUUCAGUUGGUGAAACACCUAAUAAACAUAAUUUAAAACAGCUGAUAAAUUCGACAAGUGGCGGUGGAAUCGCAACAGUGUUUGAUAGUAAUUAUCGAUCGAAAUGGAAAACAAAAGUACUGCAUAUUUUGGAAAAUACUCGUCAACCGUGUGUUAAUGAUAUUGUUAUCGACUGGCAUAAUGAAGAUGAAAAUAAUAACAUGUUACCAUUUCAGCAAGCACCACAACAUAUUCAUUCCUUAUUUAACGGGCAACGUUUAACUAUCUAUGGUUUCAUUAAUGAUUGUUACAAAGCAACUUUAAAAGCCAAUGUAAAUGGUUAUGAAUUAAGCACAACUGUUUUCUCGAGUAAAAUGACUGAAACGACAGGAAAAAUUCUUCAUUGUUUAACCGCUCGGGCUAUAAUUGAUGAUUGGGAAAACGGGCUGUUGUAUAUAAAUGAUACUGAAAAUGAAUUAGUAAAAUCUCAAUAUAAACAGCAUAUAAUCGAUUUAAGUUGUAAAUAUUCAGUUGUUAGUCCGUUUACAAGUUUUGUGGGGAUUGAAGAGCGAAAUAAUGUAACUGAACAUCAAACAGAAAAAGAGUUCAUUGCAAUUCAUCCACUGGAUAUUAUGUACGAAAAUGAUGUUGAUCUUUUACCGUAUCUAUACUGGGAUGGAGACGAGUCAAGAUCGAUCACAAUUCAACGACAAAUAUUAAGCAUAAAAGAGGCAAUUGAUUCUUCCCCGAUUAUUCGGAAAGAAAAACUAUGCAAUGAAUUACUCUUGUUAUGUAAACAGCUACCAUACGCCCAACAACAAAAUGAGAAAUUCAAUACAAUGUUAGCCCUCGUUGAUACCUACAGAUAUUCACUGAAAAAUAACGAACAAGCACAAAGUUUAGUGAAACAAAUGCAAGCUGACAUUGAAAAUGAAUUAAGCGCAGGAAUUGGAACUGUAGAUGAACAAUUAAAUUUAAAAUUACAAUGGAGAAAACUUAAUGACAUGUUUCCAGACAUAACCGGCGAAGCAAUGGAAAAAUUGGAAGUCGAUUCAUUUCAUAUUUUUUGUUGUAGUGCUGAUCCUGAAGAUGAGCGUGGACCUACUUGUUAUGGUCCGACACAUCCAGAAUAUUUACGAUCGCAAUUAGAAAAAGCGAAAUAUUUCCGUGAAAAUUUAAAUGAACCAGAACAAGCUAAAAAUCUAGCUUUGAAAGCAUUUGAAAAUGCUAUUAGUGAAUUAGAUACAUUAAGUGAAGAUUCUUAUAAAGACUCAACUUUAGUUAUGCAAUCUUUAAGAGAUUUUGUUCAGGAACAGGAACUAACAGAAUCUCUCACCCUAACUAUGGCGCAAUUAUCGCAAGUGCAGAAUGAUACUUAUGCUGUUGAAGAAAGAAAAGAAAGUUCUAAUAUGGAUCACGACGCUGCAUUCAUGAUCUUUGAUACACCGAUACAUGUUGAAGAUGACGAGGGCGAUUCGGAUAGAAGGGUAUACUCUUAUUCUGUUAAUGAUGUUGAGAAGAAGGAUACUGAUGAUUUGAAUAAACUUAAUUAUUCCAGUGACUUUUACUUCAAGAUGCCGUAUAGUUAUUGUGUGGAGAAAGAAAAAUCACUGACAGAACAAUUACAGAAUGAUACUUUAGAAUUACAAAAAACAACAGUGCAAGAAAUGGCAACUACAGCUGUCGAGAAAUCGCCCAUGUCAUCGAUACAGCACGAUAGUCUACUAACUAGUGCAUCUUUGAAACUCAAACCACAACGGCGCCAACAUGUGCGGACAUUAGUUAUUCCAUCAGAACCAGAAAUCCACCAUUCAAUGAAUAUCCCAUCGACUUGUCCCGCUGUCGCGAUUCCAUAUUCCACAUCAUCAGUGCAGUUAUCAGGUUCACCAACAAGAGCAGCACUACCAGCACCACCACCACCACCACCGCCGCCAAAGUCUUAUUCCAAUGAAUUAACGUCAAAAAACAUGACGUAUUCUUCGCAUCAACAUCUGAUUGGGGCUGCUGAAAUAUCAUCCAAACCUCUACAACGAACGCAACGUCCACAAAAUCAAACCCCAUGGACAGCUCGUUACAGCAGUCAACGUGUUAUAAAAACCGUUCCCUCCGUGGAAGCGAUACCACAACUGAAAAAUUAUCAUUCUUUUUAUAAAGAAAGAAUCCAAUCCGUUCCAUAUUUAGUUCAACAAAAUAUGACUUGUGUGCCAACAAUGGCUCGUCCUAUACCACAGCUACCACCCGAAUGUCAACCGCAACCAUUAAAAGAUUCAAAUAGGAAAGUCCAGCAACCAGAAUUGGGGUUAGUAAUUGAUUAUGCUAAAUGGAAACAGAUUGAAGUAUUGGAUGAUGAAGACGAUACACAUCCAUGCAUUGGUACAUCAAGUUUAAGACCUUGGCGUCCUCACUCUCGAAUUGAAUCAAAGAAAGCAGAAGUACUGCCGUUAAGUUUAGGUGUAGAAAUUUAUGACGGUCUGAUGUUGAUAUUAUUUGAUAAAAACACGCAUGUUCCAACAGGACAACAAAAGUUUGGAAUAUUUACGAAUGCUCAUCGAUAUCAACAGACAGUUUCAAUUAAGUUGUAUCAAGGAGAAAGCCGUUUUACAAAAGACAAUAUAACAAUCACAAUUUAUUUCAGUGAUCAUGUUGCAUUAACACUAAUAGCUGAUAUUCACAAUGGUGAAACAAGGUCGAUCACAGUAUCAAGUGAUAAAAUUCGUUUACCGGAGAGUGCAAUUGAACAGUAUUUACAGUCAUAUAUUGAAGUACCAGCUAAACAAAUUCAAACUGAUAUCAACAAUUUGAUCUGUACGCUGGUGAUCGUAAUUGAUUUCAUUUAUCAUAGUAAAAAGAUGAAACCAUUCAUGUUAUCUAUUGAUAUGGAUAUGAUAAAAAUGAUUUCGUUGGAACACGUAACUUUGUCUGCUGACGAGAACAUCCGACUUCAAAAAGCAAUUGAUUACGUCACACAAACUCGGCAAAAAUAUUCAAUAUAUUGUACAACUUUAGAGUUAGGAAAAACAUUUGAAUUUUAUGUACAAACAUUAAUGGGUCUCAUCUAA